AGGGGCUAUAUCAGUCGAACCAACGACCCGGCUUCUGGGCCUCGCUGUCCCCGAAAAUCCCACCCUUAGAAAGGGCUCCACACCACGCCGCGAAGGAAGGCGCAACCGGAAGGGGCGGGGGUCCACCCGGACGCGGAGCCUCCAAAACCAUGGCUUCCCGUGGGAUCGUCGGCCUUUUCCUCCUCUCUGCUCUCCCCCUCUUGUGUCUGGAGCUCCGGCGUGGGAUCCCCGACCUAGGAGUUAAAGAUCUAAUUCUGCUGUGUGGUCGGAUUUUCUUACUGCUUGCUCUUCUUACUUUAAUUAUUUCUGUGACUACCUCAUGGCUUAAUUCAUUUAAAUCGUCCCAAGUGUAUCUGAAAGAAGAAGAAGAGAACAAUGAGAAAAGGCAAAAACUUGUCAGAAAAAAACAACAAGAGGCACAGAGUGAAAAGGCCAGCAGAUACAUAGAGAACGUUCUAAAACCUCACCAGGAAAUGAAGUUGAGAAAACUCGAAGAACGCUUUUAUCAGAUGACGGGUGAAACCUGGAAGUUGAGCAAUGGUCAUAAACUUGGGGUUCUUGGUCUCCCUGAAGAACCUCCUGAAACAGCUGAAGAAAUAGUUACUGUUGCUCUCCGAUGUCCAAGUGGGAGUGUCCUGAGGCGAAGAUUUCUUAAGUCUUGCAGUUCACGGGUCUUACUUGACUGGAUGAUGAAAAUCGGGUACCACACAUCUCGAUACAGCCUUUCUACUUCCUUUCCCAGACGGCCUCUGGAAGUGGAGGGGGGCUGGUCACUGCAGGACACAGGAAUAACUAUGGAUACUGUACUCAUUGUGGAAGAGAAAGAGCAGAGCAACUAAUUAAGAAAUGAGAACUACCUUUUCUCCAUAAAAUCAGGGAUGCCAUGACCUUACAGGACAAUAAAGGAUUCACAUGAAAAUUACACCAUUCCUUGACUGAGCUCAAGGAGGUAAACAUUUUAAUGUUGAUAUCCUUGGGAACGUGUGGACAUAAAGGAUUGGAAAAGGAUUGCUCUCUGCAUAUAAUAGUUUUUGGAAUUUGCUGUCUUAUAAUGUCCCAAAUGAAAACUAGAUAAAAAUGUAUACAGUAAGGCACUCAAUGAUUUGUAUUUUUCCUGGCUGACAUCAUUUAUCACUGUGUUGAAGGACAAAGUCAUACAACUCUCUUUUCUGCCUCUGCAGUCCACCUUGCCACACUGAAGAUUUCACAGUUCAAACUCUCUAAAAUUGUUUAAGUAGGAAUGUUUGUUCUGCUGUAUUUCUAGAAAUUAAACUUUAAAGACAUUUUAAAGGUC